GGGGUUCGCUGAACCCAGACGUUGGUUUGGUGAGCCCCUUCUUUGUCUUCAUCUCCUUUCUUUUUCUUCCGUGAGCGGGAAAUUUCGAGAAAACCCAGUUACUUCUUCGCCGGAAAAUUCUAUAGAACUAGAUAGAUCUCGGCAACUCGACUUCGUAUAUCCACCGGAAGAACUAGCCAUGGAGGACGCCUCCUGGGAAGCCCCCCUCCCUGCCGCCGUUGAAUCCAUGCUCCGGCAAAUAUGCGAGCAGCAGCGCCUUCCGAUGCCGGACGCUCAUAUCCGUAGAAUACUCGCCGAACUCGGCGAAGAAAGAUCACUUUCUAUCCUCCGGAAGAUAUCAACCCAGAAGAUUUACAAGAGCCUGAGUGGUUUCAUAAUGCACUUGGCCAGGGAAGAAGAUAGAGCUCCUACUGAACAGAGCGUUAUUCAAUCUCCUCCGGUUUGGAAUUCCAACUGUCACCGAAGCCCCGUGAAAUCACCUAAUGGGUUUAGUUCUUGUUCACGAAUUCCGAAAGGUCCGAUGCAUUCACCUUAUUCCAGUUCAGACACGGCAAACACUCCGAAUCUUAGUUUCCAGACAUUGGCACUCAGUGAAUUAGAGUUCAGAAAAGCAUUCUUGUUACUAAGUUACUUUGGGAGGAACAAGCUUGAGAAUCACGUGUCGGCCAAUGACAUCCUGAGUUUGAAAGACCUCCCCAUGUUCACAUUUGAGUCAAAAGUCUGGGAUGCGUAUGGUCGCAAGUUUUGUGAAGAAGCAGACCGUAGGAAGUAUCUGGACUGGGAUUCUGGAAGGACACACAUAUAUCACUGUCAUGUUUAUCAUGAUGGAAGUUAUGGUUUUAAGGGACCUUAUUUAGGCACCUCACGAACUUUCCUACAAAGGGCAUUAGGGGACGACAAUGUAUUGAUUGUCAAGUUUGCCGAAGAUGCUACUAGAGACUGUACUAGUAGCAUGACUGAUUCUAGUGGUUAUGAUGCUGCAUUAAACAAGGUUGCUGAAGAAGGCAUUCUUGUUGGUUUGAGGCAUUAUCAAUUUUUUGUUUUUAAAGAUGGAGGUAAAGAGGAGAAGAAAAAAAACCCAACUUCGUCACCUGUAAAAUGCUACUUUGUAAGGAUGGAGUCUUUUGCCCCUUGUGAUGAGAGAGUGCCAUACAUUUUGCAUAAGAAGACAGUUCAUGAAGCGAGGUGUCUUUUCAUGCAUGUGCACAUGGUUUCCUCCCUCGCAAAAUAUAUGGCUAGGCUGUCUCUAAUUUUAUCCAAGACAAUAAAGCUUCAAGUGAAUCUUUCUACUGUCCACAUUGAAAGGAUUGAAGAUAUCUUUUGUUAUGAUGAAAAUGGGAUGAUUGUUUGCAAUGAAGAGGGAGAACCUCUGAUACAUACAGAUGGGACAGGCUUUAUUUCAGAAGAUCUGGCCUUAAAGAUUCCUAAGGAUUUCUCAAGAGAGAAAUAUACUGAUGAAGUGAAUUUUGAGGGAUUUCUUGAUCAUCUCAAUUGUGCUGAGGAAUCAUCAGAACUGAGAGGGUCAGAAGUUUACACAAGAGAUCCGCCUUUGCUUAUGCAAGUCCGACUGUUCUACAAUGGAUGCGCUGUGAAGGGGACCCUUCUUCUCAACAGAAAGCUUCCAGAAAGAACAAUUUUGGUUAGGCCCUCAAUGAUAAAGGUUAAUCCAGACUCCAGCCUUUCCACUGCAGAAACAUUUAACUCGCUGGAGAUAGUUCGGAUUAGCCACAAACCAAGGAAAGCAUAUCUGUCAAAGACCUUGAUUGCACUCCUUAGCUAUGGAGGGGUCCCUAAAGAAUACUUUUUGGGUGUAUUGGAAAACGCUUUGAAUGAUGCUCGAAGUGUUUUCUCCAAUAAGCGUGCCGCAUUAAGAGUUGCACUGAACCAUGGAGAAAUAGAUAAUGAGUUUUCUGUGGCAAGGAUGAUUUUAUCUGGAAUUCCUCUGAAUGAACCAAGCUUGCAACAUCAGUUAUCCACGUUGGCAAACGGUGAAAAAAAGGGUCUUAAAACAGGAAGACUUCCUAUCAGUGAAAGUUUUUACUUGAUGGGCACAGCUGAUCCUACAGGAGUGUUGAAUGCUGACGAAGUUUGUGUUAUUCUAGGUAAUGGUCAAAUUUCAGGGAAGGUAUUAGUAUACAGGAACCCUGGUCUUCAUUUUGGAGACGUUCAUGUUUUGAAUGCGGUCUAUAUAAGGGACUUGGAAGCUUUUAUUGGAAAUGCUAAAUAUGCUAUAUUCUUCUCGACCAAGGGCCAGAGAUCAGCAGCAACCGAAAUUGCUAAUGGUGAUUUUGAUGGGGAUACUUACUGGGUCUCCAGGAAUCCUGAGCUGCUGAAUUGUUUCAAAGCAAGUAAACCUUGGAGACGUAUAUAUUCAACACCAAGUGCAUCUAGUAGAAGGCCUAGUGAGCUUUCACUUGAGGACUUAGAACGUGAGCUCUUUCAGAUGUUCAAAAGAGCAAGAUUUCAGCAAAGCAAGAAUAUGGCUGUUGCUGCUGAUAGUUGGCUGGCCUUUAUGGAUCGGCUUCUUGUGUUGGGGGUUGGUGGAUCUGAUGAGAGGGAACGAAUGAAAGAAUCAAUGCAAAAAUUGAUUGAUAUAUAUUAUGACGCUUUAGAUGCUCCAAAAAGUGGCAAAAAGGUUGUAGUCCCAGAAGAAUUAAAGGCAGCGAAGUAUCCGCAUUAUAUGGAACGGGGCAACCAGUAUCGCUCUACAUCUGUUUUAGGACUUAUUUAUGAUGCAGUAAAGUUAUUUGAAUCUGAAGAUGUCAUGGCAGAAGACGAAGAAAUCUGGAUGUUGCCUUGUUUCGAGGUUGAAAUUCCACUAGCCUCCGAGAACUUGUGGGCGAAGAGGUACUGUGGCUACAGGCAUGAAAUGGCUGAUGCAUUGAAGUCAAACGCCGAAACAAAGAAUGACGCAGCAGACGCCGUCAUCAAGAAAUAUAAACAGCUGCUAUAUGAUGCUCCGGGGUUUGAAGAAAGUCCAAGAAAGACCCAGGACAUAUACCAUGAGGCCCUUGCUAUAUACCGAGUAACUUAUGAGCAUGCAAGGAGAUGCCGAAAUGUCAGAUACUGUGGUUUUGCAUGGAGAAUCGCAGGCCAGGCUCUCUGCAAGCUGUAUGCCACGAAGCAGAGCGAGAGGGCGAUCGUUUGUUCGCCGUCAGUUCUGCGCGAGGUGUUCAACUGAAGAACUGUACUCUGCCUACAUGCAUCAUGUAAUCCGAUUAUUAUACAAUCGGAUUGUCAUCCGUAGAUAUGGAAGUUCUAAUGUAUAUAUAUGCUCCUGUUCUAAGCAAGUUAGUUGUCCGAUAUUUUGUCGCAUUGAUGCCAGUCGCAGGCAGUUGUUUAACGAAAGAUUCAAGCCAAAGUGAGUUAAUCUUUUUCCAUGUAAUUGUACUCUUUUAGUGGGCCUUUUUGGUACAAGUCCCAAAUCUGAAUUGUUGAGAUUACCAUAAUGACCUUGAUGAAAUGAUAUUUCAAGAGCAUCGUCGUAA